CUUUUGGGGUCCCUCCCCCUCAUAAGGUGUUAUAGGGGCAGAGCCGGGGCCCCCCAUCCCACAGAACAAUGUCGGUGGUGAUGCUUCUGCUGCUGUUCCUCCUGGCCCUGAUAUGGGGGGGGUCAGCCAGGGGGGGGGGGGCCCCGGGGGGGGGGGCCCUGCACCUCCUGCACCCAGGAGGGCCACAGCACCUCCACAUCCUCACCCGGACCUACGGGGACCCCUUGUGUCUGCGCUUGGGGAGGCGCGAGGUGGUGGUGCUGAGCUCUGCAGCUGCCAUCCGUGAGGCGCUGGCACGGCGCUGGGGGGACUUCGUGGGACGCCCCCACAGUUACCUGGCGUCCUUGGUGUCACGGGGGGGGCAGGACCUGGCGCUGGGAGACGCAUCCCCAGAGUGGCGGUGGCAGCGGGGGGCAACGCGGGGAGCACUGGCGCGGGCUGUGAGACACCUGGAGCCUCUCCUGGAGCUGCAGGGCUGGGCGCUGUGCCAGGAGCUGAGCUCUUACGGGGCUGCCCCAGUGGACCUCUUUGAGGCAUUCGCGUUCCACACCUGCAGCACCAUCUGCCGCCUCGCCUUCGGGGACCUGAUGCCCCCCGAGGCAGAGGUGCGCUCCUUUACACGCUGUGUGGUGGAACUGCUGGACGUGUGGGGCUGGGCCAGUGUGCGGGCACUGGAUGUGCUGCCUCCACUAAGGGUGCUGCCCAACCCAGGGCUGCGGGAGCUGCUGCGCCUGGUGGAGCGCCGCGACGCCUUCGUGGAGACCCAGAUCCGAUGUCACCAGGUGGGGAUGUGGGGACAUGGGGACAGAGGGGGGACACGGCUGCAGGGGGUAACACAUGUGUCCCUACAGGGCUGCACAUCUCCCCCUAGGGACACAGUGCUGGGGGCACUGCUGGGGGGUGACCCCACUGUCCCCAUGGGGCCGCUGGGGGGGGACCGCCUGCACAUGGCCCUUGUGGACCUCUUCAUCGGUGGCACCGAAACGACAGCGGCAGCUCUGCUGUGGGCUGUGGCCUUCCUGCUGCACCACCCCCAGGUGCAGGACCGAGUGCGUGCAGAGCUGCACCAGGUGCUGGGCCCCACGGGGACCCCAAAGCCAGGGGACAUGGGACGACUGCCGCUGCUCCGUGCUACCGUCACCGAGACCCUGCGCCUGCGGCCCCCCGCGCCUCUCGCACUGCCCCACUGCGCCCGGCGCCACUCCAGCAUUGCAGGAAUUCCAGUGCCCGCGGGAUCCAUUGUUAUCCCAAACCUCUUCGCUGCACACCAUGACCCCAAGAUCUGGGACCGUCCUGCUGAGUUCCUGCCCGAGCGGUUCCUGCAACCAGGGGCCCCCUGGCGAGCGCUGCUGCCCUUUGGUUGUGGGGCACGCUCGUGUGUGGGGGAGGCGCUGGCUCGGGCAGAGCUCUUUGUGUUUUUGGGGUUCAUCCUACAGCGAUUCCGCCUGGAGCCGCCUUCUGAUGGGGCUCUGCCCCACUUGGGGGUCACCGCCGGCACCGUGCUGCGCUGCGCCCCGUUCCGUGUGCGCCUCGUGCCCUGCCCGCCCCAUAGCUCCUGAGCCCAGUGUGUGGGAUGCGUGGGUCAGUGCUGGUUACUCGCAGCUUUAUUGACCCCAUAAAGGCUUCACUGUGCCCCACAA